CCUAAUCAAAUAGGGAAUCCCAAUUCGCUAAGGUACUCAAUUAUGAAGUGGAUUCACAGUAACAUGAUGAUUCUAUAUAUAUUACCUCACUCUCUCCUCAGUUCUACUCUUCUACUUCGCCUUCGUCGUUCUUCUUAGUUUCAAUUGUAAAAUCCCACUCUCUUUGGUAGGAGUCGUAUAACCCAGUAGCCAUAUCUCUCACUCUCAUGGAUACUGAUCACAAAGAAACUCAGGUGCUUCUUCCCAACUCCAUUGAUCUACAACAACCCACUAAGAUGCCAACUCCGCCGGAGGCUUUAGAGCAAGCCCAGCACCGUGAAGUUUCUCCUCCAUUGAAUCACAUAUGUGAUAUUUGCCACAAGGGAUUUCGGUCCGGCCAAGCCUUGGGAGGUCACAAGAGUAUGCACUUUCGCGAGAGCGAGGCCAUCAUCACUAGUGCUACUACCAGUACCAGUGAUCCAAUUUGUUGUCUCGUUUGUGGGAAGAACUUCCUCUCCAAGAAAUCGCUGUUUCGACACCUGAGGUCACACACUGGAAACCUGUCCCCUCGGGCGGGCUAUAACAGCGGCAACUCUUCUUCCACUGUGUCAGAUGAGCCUACGUUUGAUGAUGGCAAAUGUGAUGGGGUUGAUUCGGGUUCGCGUUUUGAUCUGUCCAAGACUCUACCUGCAGGUUGGUCUAUCACUAGAAGGAGGAAAAGGAAUGCCCUUGGUACCUCAGCCUCUGAUUGCUCUGGCUCUGAUGAAACUGCUGGCAACUCGGGGUUGGAUUUGAGUCCCAAGUUGGAAUUAGUAACUGUUGAUCCGAAACUAGAAGCGGAGGAGUUCAGUGGUCUUGUGAUGCUGGCUCAGGUCUGUGCCGAGGAGGCUAGUCGCAGAAAUUUGAUUAAUAAUAACCAGGUUUAUCAGAAUGGUCAGAUCGAAAUCAGGUAUGUUGCAAUCGAAUGCAAGAGGAGGCGGCUGAAUGAUGGGUAUGAAAGAAGAUGGUCUGCAGCUGAUCAUUAUGGUUACAAUUGCAAUGACAUUGAUUCUGAUUUUAGAUGCAAGCUUUGCAAUAAAACAUUCACAAGUUACCAAGCUUUGGGAGGUCACAUGUCAAGCCAUUACCGGCUCAAGAUCAACUCAAAGGAUCAUGAUCAUGCCCAAUUUAACUUCGAACAACACAAUGAACAACAUUCUCUUCUUCCUCAAGUGGUUAGCACAUACAGCUGCAAUGUUUGCGAUAAAACAUUCUCAGGUUACCAAGCCUUGGGAGCGCACAUCUUAAGCCAUUGCAAGGAUGUGAACGACAACAACACGCACAAUUCAGCACAUAACAGGGUUAUUAAAGAUAACAAUGUGCCUGAGCCUCGUCAAGUUGAAUUGCACAGUUGCGGUGUUUGCAAUAAAGAAUUCACAAGUUACCAAGCUUUGGGAGGACACAAGUCAAGCCAUACGAAGUACAAUAACAACAAUAAUAUGGAUCGAGAUCAAUCUAAUUCUGAUAUAUCAACCGGUGGUGCUGAAGAUAAGAAUGAACGUCAAAAACUCUAUGUAACAGUACCUCACCAAUGCGAAGAAUGCAAGAAGACUUUUCCAACAGGUCAGGCUUUGGGGGGUCAUAAGAGGCUUCAUUGGAAGGGCCCAACUGGAGCUACAGCGAAACCGAGUCAGCAGAGUAGUGCUCGUAGGCCGCUUGAAUUUGACCUCAAUGAGAUUCCAUCUAUGGAGGAUGAAGAUGAAAUAAAUGUGCCGAGCGUCCUCUUGCAAUUAUAAUAGUCAGUAGUUCUUUGUUUUUGAUAAUUCUUUCUAGUUUUUGUUGCAGUGAAAGACACUAGCAUAGGAACCAUUUUGUUGCUGGUCUUGUGUUUUCACUUUGGGAUAUGAUUAAGAUCAGAUUGUAUAUGUAAAGAGUCAUGCAUACAUGGCGGGGUUCAUAAUGAGAUAUAAAAAAAAAGUCACGCACCUUACUUUCUUUUAGAUGGCGCCAAUGCAUCUUUUCUUUUGUUUUUUAUUAUUGAAAUGAGCUUUCACACAGGAUGAACAAGGCAUAAAGUCUGGAGCUGGUCUUGAAUCUCGAGCAACGUCCUCUUGCAAUUAAGUAGUUACUCUGUAGUCUGAUAAAGUAUCAUACACUCUGAAAUUAUAAGAGAACACUAGGAUAUAUUAACUCUAUCUCACUGAGUACUUAUCUGUACGUAUAUCUCAGAAAGUUAGCAUAUUUCUCCAA